AUGAACAGUUGGUUCUUCCUGCAAAAACAUCGAAAACUAAUAAAAUGCACGAUUUUCAAUGAAAACCGAUUUUUUUCGGAUUCAAAAAUUCGAAAGAAAGUUAGUAUACGAAAAAAAUGUUUAUUUUUUUCACUGGUUUUUUUGUUUAAAAAAAUAGUUUCAUCUCGAUUUGAACCAUGGAAAAAAAGUUGAAUUUUGUUCGUAUUUUGGCUACAGUACCCCACAAAAGGGGCGGAGCCUGUCAAAACCUCAACUAAAACUUUUAGAAGCUUGUGUUGUUGUUGUUAUGAAAGUAUAAACUCGAAAAAGCUCUUUUCGAUGUGAAGUUGAAAUUCAGGCUUUCCAAUCCAAUGUUGGGUACCGGCGACGUUCACCGAGCCGAUGGAGCAGUACACGGAGAACUACUGUUGGGUGCAAAACACGUAUUUUCUACCUCUGCACGACUACAUUCCGCAUAAUUACGCAGAGCGCGAAAAUAGGCAAAUCGGGUUCGCCGUCUUUCCUUAUGCAUUUCUAAUUGUUGUGCUUGGGCUUCGACCAUUGCCAGCGGCCGGAAUAAAAUGAUUAAACAAUGGGUCAGAAAAUCUCCCCCUCUCCCACGGAUGAUUCGUUUUUCUCGCUAGUCUUUGUCUUCCAACUGACUCCAAAUUUUCAUCUAGCUUGCUGAUUCACAAGCAAAGCUAGAUUGGUUAUUCCGGGGCUAACUUCUGACUAGAAAAUGGUGAAUUCUCACGGUUCCUUCCCUGAAUGAGAUUAGGGUCCCUGAAGACUUCAUUUCACGGUUUCAAAUGAAAAUGAGCUCCUAUGCAAUUUCGAAAAAAAGUUUUUUGAGGUUGUGACUACUGUACUUUCACAGAAACGCUCACAAAUAUGUUAAAAAAUUUUUGAGCACGAAAUCGGGAAAAUCAUGAAUUCUCCCUUAAAAAUUCUUACGGAAAUUCGGAGAAUACCUUGAAAAAAACAUCUAUAGUGUUCAGGAAGCUUUGGCGGCAAUGGCUGGAAAAAAAAUAAAAAUCUAAAUUGAAACAUGAAAGCUCAACAUUCUAACAACGUUUAUAAAGUCUCAAAAAACGGGGAAAGUUUUCAGGUAUUAUCAAUGGGUUCCAUUUGUGUUGGCGCUUGAGGCGCUCUUGUUUUACGUUCCCACAAUCGUUUGGCGUUUGUUGAGCUGGCAGUCAGGUUAGUUUAUUUUAUAUUUCCCUUUUUUGAAUAUUAAUUCUUGAAAACGUGAUUUAAAAUUCAAUACAGUAUCUGCUUUUCAAUAGCGGAAUUUUGAGUUUGUUCUUUGAAUUAACUGAAACAGAGAAGCAAUGGAACUAAAAAAGUUAAUUUCCAUAGUAGUUUUUUUCAGGAAUUCAUGUACAGUCCCUAGUGCAAAUGGCGUGCGACUCUCGGCUUCUGGAUCUCGAAUCCCGGAACCGAGCUCUGCAAACAAUCGCAACGAAUGUUGAAGAAGCUCUUCACGUUAAACACCAAGUGGUGAGAUUUUUCACACUCUUAACUUCAUCGUGAGUUAAACCAAUAAAUCCAGAACAUUUCAAAAAAAAUGGUUGGGAUUUUUUGAAGAUAAAAAUUAACAAUUCAAAUUUCAAAACUUAUCAUACGGUCCAAUAAACUUCAUCAGAAAAAAAAAUUGAUGUUCAAAAAAAAGUUUUCUUAGCGCUGAAAACAGAAAACUCAUUUGCAGAUGUCGGGGAACCGGCUGAAGCUUCUCAACCUCAUCAUCUGCACCAGAUCUUCUGGAGCCGCCGUCACAUUCCUCUACAUUUCUGUCAAAAUUCUCUACACAGUCAAUAUUGUCGGACAAAUUUUCCUUCUUAACACGUUUCUAGGCAAUCGCAGCAAGUGGUACGGCCUGCAGGUGAGCAAUAAUUCUACUUUACAUUCAAUAACAAGGAAUUUUGAUGAUUUGCAAAAAAGGUUCCGCAGUUUUAUUGUAGCCGUGUGGGAAAAUCUGGCUAGCAAGAACUCAAAGUCGAUUCAAAAGUUUUGGAAUCGCUUUGGAAUCUUUAUUGUUCCGAAUUUGAAACAGCGAAAAAUGAUUUUCCGAGUCAUGAUGUGAGAGUUUCGCAACUAUACUUAUUCUAAACUUUUAGGUUCUCAACGACCUAAUGAAUGGCCGCGAAUGGGAAGAAUCUGGACAUUUUCCACGCGUGACUUUGUGCGAUUUCGAAGUGAAGGUGCUGGGAAAUGUCCAUCGUCAUACAGUUCAAUGCGUUCUUAUGAUCAACAUGUUCAAUGAAAAAAUCUUCCUUUUCCUAUGGUGCGUUCAAAAUUUCCCCUCACGCCUCCGAAGUGUCAUUUUUUCAAGGUUUUGGUACUUUUUGCUUGCGGGAGCGACUGUAUGCUCAUUAUUCUACUGGAUUUACAUCUCCGUUGUUCCGAGCAGGUGAAAAUCGUGAAAUUCACUUUUGAUUCAAAUUUAUUUUUUUUAGGCAGCUCAACUUUGUUGGAAAGUAUCUCACGGGUAUCGAAGGAUAUAAAAUGGUCGACUCACAGUCACUGAGACGUUUUGUGUUCCACUUCCUUAGACAAGUGAGAUUAAAAAUUCACUAUUAUUCAAUUUUUUAAAGCUUGAUUCUUGUAUGAGUAAGCUCAAAAAUGCCGUAUUUUUUUCUGAAAAAAAUAUCAAAAAAAUCACAAAAAAAUGAUCGGAAAAAAAGCAGAAAAAAAUUAAAAAAAGUGUACAAUAUUUUUUUUAAACUAUUGAAGUAUCUCUCUGAAGAGAAGAUUCUGCUCCGAAAUUUCCGCUGCUCUGAAAAAUUCGGUACAAAUCGGAAAAAGUACUAUAUAAAAUAUCUGAAAGUUUUCGGCAACUGGUGAAACUGGAAAUCAAAAAAAGCAAUUAAGUUUGAGAAAAAAUUUAAGGACGGAGUUUUUCUACUUCGAAUGGUGGCCACCCACGCUGGAGAACUUCCAUGUUACGAGUUGGCAAAGACGUUGUGGAACAACUACUGCGACAACAAGGAAGGCAAAAUGCACGAUGUGUAG